UAGAAUCGUUCUUGCUUCUCGCCUCCAGCCCCCUCAUCUCUUCCACAGCUCAGAAUGAACCCCUUCCCAUCCUUGCCGACACACAUCCAGCCAUAUUGAACACGGACAAAAACAUCCUCUGCCGAGCAGCUCACACUUCCGCACCUCUCUUCACCGCUGCCUCCUUCAUCUCCACUGUCUCCAUCUUUGGGAAAUCCACAAUGAAAGUCAAAACCAGACCCGUUCUACCCUUCCUCCAUUUCGGCUUGGCCGGGCUUAUGCUGCUGUCCAACGGUUUGGUCCGCCUCGGAUCUGGGAUGGAAGUCACAGUUACACCCAAUGUUGUCAAGCUGAAUGGGACAUCAGCCAAACUGACCUGCACCUUUAACUCAUGUUACGAUGCCAGUGAGAAGCAGUUCUCCUUAAACUGGACCUAUCAGGAAUGUAAUAACUGCUCAGAAGAUCUCUUUGUCCAAUUCCGCCGCCGGGUCAUCAUCUCCAAAACAGACCGCUUUUUGGGUCGCGUGGAGUGGUCCGGCAGCCUGGCAAGGAAAGAUGUUUCUGUCACUAUUCAUGACAUCCAGACUAGUGAUGAAGGCAUUUACAGGUGUUACGUCUUAAACCCUCCUGACCGGCACAAAGGAUUGGGGACCAUCCGUCUGAGCGUGGUCACAGAAGUGGCUCCUGAGCGUGACUCCACCGUCGCUGUAAUCAUUGGCGCCUCCGUUGGUGGAUUCCUUGCUGUCGUCAUUCUGAUUUUAGUAAUAGUGAAGUGCGUGAGGAGGAAAAAGAAACAAGAUAACCAAUCCGAAGAUCAGAAGACUGAAGAAGAAGGAAAAACGGACGGGGAAGGCAAUCAGGAAGAAGAGGAAAAGUAA